AUGCCUAACAUACUGGCGGCAGUCGCCAUGGGCGCUAUAUCGGUGUAUGGCGCUCUUUAUGCAAUUAUGAUAUACACUCAAGAUUCGAGAGAGCCCCCUUUAGUCACGUCAUCCAUGCCAUUUAUUGGAUCUAUGAUUUCACUUGCGAGAAAGAAGACAAAGUAUUAUGUUGAACUUAAAACCAAAUACAACCACCCAAUCUACACAAUCCGUCUCCCUGGUACUCGACUCUACGUCGUCAACUCCCUUCCCCUCAUAUCCGCCGUCCAACGCCAAAUCAAAACCCUCGCCUUCCCACCUCUCGAAGCCAAACUCGCUUCCAGUGUCUGCGGCUCCAGUAAGACUGCAAAUGAUAUUUUGAUGACAAAUGUCAACGGCGACGAGGGUCAUUGGGGUUACUCUGUUACUUUUUACAAGAUGAUUCAUACGCCGCUAGCUCCCGGUCCCGAGUUAGACGCUAUGAAUCGUGUCAUGGCACAGAGAGUGACAGCUGCUAUUGAUGCUUUAGAAGCGCCUAAAGUCACUCCGCUGUUUGAGUUUGUUAGACAGGAAAUUACGCUCGCGACGACGGAUUCGGUUUAUGGGCCAAAGAACCCCUUCAAAGAUCCGGCUAUCAGCGAGGCAUUCUGGAAAUUCCAACCCGGAAUCAUCACCCUCAUAAUCGGCAUCCUCCCCUCCCUCCUCGCAAAAGAAAGCAUCGAAGCUCGCGAAUUCAUGACCAAAGCCUUCAUCAAGUACUUCUCAGAAGGCUCCCACAACUCCGGCGCUGCCCUCAUCAAAGCCCGUUUCGAGCACAGCAUCGACCACAAAAUCCCCCUCGAAGACAUCGCACGCUACGAAGUCGGCGGCGCCAUCGGCCUCCUCACGAACACCUCGCCCACCUCAUUCUGGAUGAUCUAUCAUCUCUACUCCUCCCCCCUCGCCCUCAGCGACUGCCGGGAUGAACUCGCUAAAAUCGUCGUCGACGAGGUUGUCACCGAUGAAGCGGGACAGCAGACAAAGUUCCGCACACUCGAUAUGACGCAAGUCAAAACCUCAUGUCCAAUUCUAUUAUCAACAUUACAGGAAGUCCUCCGCCUCCACACCAUCGGCAUCUCCACCCGCUUGGUGAUGCAAGACCACAUGCUCGACGGCAAAUACCUCCUCAAAAAAGGCAACACAGUCAUGAUUCCCGGGCCCGUCCAACACUCGUCGACCGCGCACUGGGGAUCCGACGUCGCCGCCUUCAACCACCGCCGUUUCCUCCCCGACCACAAAACCCAUAAUCCAGCUGCGUUCCGCGGAUUCGGGGGCGGGAGUACACUCUGUCCUGGGAGGCAUUUUGCGAGUACGGAGAUCCUGGCGUUCACGGCGUUGUUGGUGCUGAGGUUUGAGGUUGAGCCGACGCUGGGGAGGUGGGUGAGGCCGACGACGGAGGGGGCGGCGAUGUGGGAGACGACGCCGGUGCCGGAUUGGGAUGUCGAUGUGAGGAUUAGUGCGAGGGAAGGGGGGGAGGGGAGGUGGAGGGUGCUGGUGUCGGAUUCGGAGAGGGGGAUGGCGUUGGCGGCGGAGGAUUUGUAG